CCCUCUACCAACAGGAAGUCAUCAGAGGAGUUUUCGUGAGACGAAUUAUAUACUUGUGGCGCCAGGUUAUUGCCUAGGAAAUGAGAUCGAGACGAUGAUUGGUUGAUCUCAUAACUUCAACAGCAGCGUAAUAUUGACGUCUCUGACCUCGUGACAUGCAAGCUCUUCUCUAUGGCAGAGGGUGGCACAGGCGAACUCAUUAUGGGGACGGACGAGGAACGGCAAGCGCUAGUCAACCUUCUCCUAGACUUGUCCUCGGAGCUAGGCCAUAGCUGGAAGGACAUCGGGCGCAGACUCGCCAUACCGGAAGCAAAUCUUCAAAACUUCGAGUCGGACUAUCCGAAACAAAGAGAAAGAGGGUACCAGAUGCUGCUUCAAUGGCGUCAGAUGACUCGAAACAAGGAUCUGGUGAAGACACUUGUCCAGGGAUUACAGAGCGUUCAGCGCUUGGACCUGGCUGAUAAAUAUGGCCCUCGAUUUGAAGCUCUCUUUCCCAGUGAAAUCGAGUCGGACGCCGCCUCACCAACGGCCCUUGAUGCCAAAGAGACGCGAAUGGUAGAACACUUCAAACAUCACUACAAGACACGAAACAGAGUUCCCAUGGUCCCUUGGGCUGGAGAGAAUGGAAACAUCGUGACAGUUGAUCUAAGCAGGGUCUACACCAAUCUGGAACUUCUUUUGGACAUCGAUAGUCCAGAUCUUCCAAUUCAUUACCGACUCAAUUUAGAUGACUUGUUCAAGGAUGUAAAAGCAUCGGAUGGAAACGACAAUGAAAUCGAUGGGUGCGAGGAGACACUAGCAACAUCAUCUACUCGAGUUGUAGCCAGAGGUAGAACAGGCAGCGGAAAGACAACUUUCUUGUUGAAGCUGUCAAGUGACUGGGCAGAGGGUAGGACAAGCCCCGUGAAAGAUGCUGUAGCUGUUUUCCUCUUGCAGCUGAGAAAACUAGACCACACAAGCAAUUUUGGAGCUGCUGUAGUCGACCAGCUACUGCCUAAGAAAGACUUCACGCCGCAGUUCAUUGAAGAGUUCGCUGAAAAGAACCAGAAACGUGUUGUGGUUCUGCUAGAUGGCUAUGACGAGUUCAAAGGCAAAGGGUUGGAUCAGAAGAACUGUGGGAACAUCGUGAAGAUGUUGAGGAAAGAAUACCUACCCUUUGUUCAGAUCUUGAUCACGACUCGCCCUGGCAGAGUGGGAGACUUCAUUAAACUGGAAGGCCACUUCACCAACGAAUACAGACACUUACAGAUCACAGGGUUUUCAUCACAAGACAUCGAUGCAUAUGUCAAGAAGAUUUUCAACAGUCGGCCAGAACUUGGAGAGAAACUACUUGCCUACCUCGAAGAGAACCAUCUGAAAACAGAAUUGGCUUUCCUACCUCUGAUGUGUUGCGCCUUCUGCCAGUUGACAAAACUGACCGAUGGAAAGGACUUCAAAGAUAUGAACACGAUUAGCUCACUCUUCGACAAGCUCGUUAAGUGUCUCCUGAAGUAUCAUCCGAAAUCCAAAGAACAGAUGUCCGGACUUCGGAGAUUGGAUACUACUGAAUUAGAUGCGACAGAGGAAACUGGAGAUGAAGUCUUUCAAGCAUGUCAAAUUGAUGAAGACGACCUGAUUCUUCAGCUUGGAAAGGUAGCAUUACAGGGCUUCGUCAGAUCCGUUGAAGAUGAACUGAUCUUCAGCCUGAAAGACUUCAAAGACUGUAAGUCAGGUGCAAGAGAAGUCGUUGCCAUGGGUUGUAAGGUUGGUAUCCUGGUCCGAGACGAAGAAGCAGAGUAUAGGCCAACACUCUACCAAGAUCUAGAGAUAAACAAUGAAGACGGAGUGGUUGACUCGCACAACAUUACCUUCGUCCUCAAGAUAAUUCAAGAGAAACUUGCUGGCAGUUACCUUGCUCAUCUUUCUACCGGGAAUAAGGAGAAGCGAUGUUUCUUCCAGAAGUGUGUUGAGGAUAUCAGAACCCUUCAACGUGCCACGGAUCUUGGAAAUGUCCUGAUGUUUGCAAGCGGUACGAAUGAGGAGGCAGCUCGUACCAUCAUCAACCAAGUUGUAAGUCUCAUGAAAUCCGAAGAGGAAAACAUCAAACUCUUCAUUAAUGGAAAGUUGCGCUACUCAGAGUGUAACCGUGUCCAGAAACUCAUCGAGUUUUGUCUACAGCUUAACUUUGAAAGCCAGAGCAAAGGUGAACUAAAUGAUGUACUAGCUCCAUUCAUGUCUGGCUGCAGUCGUCUCCGACUUGUCGGAAUCUCUGGCUACGUCACAAAGUCACUCGGGUAUUUUCUCCAGCACGGCAGGGGAAUCUCCAUCAAGUCGCUCGAGCUCAUUCGUCUGCACCUGAACUCUAGUUCACAGUUUCGAGAAUUCCUCGACACGUUCCCUGGCUUGGAGAACGAGGUGUCGGAUUCAAUGAAGAGGAAGUGGCGAAGGAGAAAGAAACAGAGUGAGGAACCCCUGACGGAAGAAAAGAGAAGAGCGAAGUUAAGAGAAGGAGUAACCAAAGGAAGAGUAAUGCCAAAGUACCUCCUACAACGUCCUGAUGAUACUUUCCUUGCGGUGUUGCCCCUUUGGGAACAGGUCAAUCAGAUGCAGAUGAGCGAAUGGAAGUUAGGACCUGUCAUUGACGGUUUGGAGCGCUGUCUUGUCGAAGAGCUCAUUCUGAAUGGGGUCAAAGCCAAUCCUGCAGACUGGGAAAGGUUGUUCAAGAUGUUCAAAAAUCCAUCUUUUACGUGCCUGAAAAGAUUGACUCUCUGCAUGAAUGGCAUAAGCGAUAAGUGCUUUGCCAAGCUCAUACCUGGUCUUUCCUGUCAAUCUAACCUGACUUACCUGAAGUUGUCAGGAAAUGAAGUAGGACCUGACUUCCUAGACGCCUUGGAAGAGUGUCCAAUGAUGGAGAACCUUGAGUUCCUUGCUCUACAGGAGACUGGUAUGGAUUCAGAGAACAUUGAACAACUUGGAUACAUUCUCAAGCACUUCCCUUCACUUUCUACCCUGGACAUUGGGUGCAGCCCCUGCUCUGAUGACACCUCCAUAAUCAGCAUACUAGACGGAGUACAGCAUUGUCCACAACUGACUAGACUUAUGAUAUCUCUGCAUCACGUCACAGAGAAAGCCCUCAAUCAUCUCCAGACGAAGGUUGAUACCCUUGCUCGUUUGAAGGAACUUCACCUCAUCCAUUCACCAGUCCCAGAGAAGGUCAUCGCGUGUGCUACAGGAAUCAUUCCAGUCAUGCCCAAUCUAGCAGAUUUGAGGAUAUCAAGCACACCCCCAGACAAGACCAAGCCACAUAACAAGGGCACAGCAAGGGUCUCGUGUGAAGUUGCUGAUCUCUUCUCGACAGCUAUCCUAGCGACUCCUUCUUUGAGGUUUCUGAGCAUCCUCUACACCACCUAUGGACCAGACAGCUUUGUCAACCUGUUGGAAAAGAGUUCAGAAGCAACCAAAGCAGGACUGCAAACGCUAAGGUUUUCCAAGGCAUGCAUUCCAGAAGAAGAAGAAGUUCGUCGCCACGUACGGAAGGCUGAGGAGACAUUUCUCCGUAUCUGGGUUUGAGUGAUCUUUGAGAGCAUUUGAUAUGGUCAAUGAUAAUUUGUAAAAUUUCAUUGCGGAUGUUUCACCUUUUCCCCUUUUAAUAAUCUAUGACUUGCUUCAAAUUUUUGUUUUCACAAUCACGGCACUUUCACGGCAGAGUCAAUGUAUUUAUGACUGCAAGGCUCGUGUGUUUAAAAAAGAAGAGAGUGCACAUCAAUGCAGUUUUAUCAGAUCUUUACUGGCUGUCUGUCAAUUCAGAGGAUCUUCUUCAAACUUGAAGUUUUAAUGUUCAAAACACUUGAUUCUUCUUCUUUCGAGUCCAUCAUCUGAUCUCAAAUGUUCUGCCAGGCUUUUGCACACUGGAGAAGCCUUCUCAUUUGCUGCCACUAGAUCUUCCAGGCCACAGCAUUGGUCAUCUAGGAGUGGGCAUCUUAAUACGUGUGAUAUAGAUUGCACGGAUGUUCCACACUCGAUGUUGGUGUCUGUGUCUGUGUCAUCAGUGUAUCCCCUAUGUAUGCAUGUUGUAUUUGCAUCGCCUUACCCCUGUGCGAAUCCUAUUAAGGGACUUCCACGUCUUCCAGUCACAUUAUGUGGCUAUAGGUGGCAGCUGUUCCUUGGUCGGGAUUGGUAGCUUUUCAUGGUGAUGGUUUUCACAGUGUUUCUCUUCCCACAAUAUCACUCUGGUUGAAUGAGGAUGUGGUGACAGUGGCUGGACUGUAUGAAGGGACAGUGGCUGGACUGUAUGAAGGAAGCUCUCCCUUGACUUCAGGCGGGUAUAGGGGCAGGUUGAUGGGAGUAAAGGGGAUGGCGGGUGUCCUCAACUUGUCUGCUGCGUUCAGUCCUACUUGCAACUGUUCUGCGGACAUCAGACGGAGCAAUGGCGGCCAGGAUGUGCAAGCUGUUUUACACAUUCGUGGGCUUGAGGCAUCAACUUUCUUUGCAUUGGAUGAUCUUUCUCAUACAGGGCAGGCAUAUUCUGCUGUAGAGUAGCACAACGCAAGAGCAGUUGACCUCAGCGUGAAGGAAUUUGCACCCCAAGACCAGUUUGCCAGUUUGCGUAGGAGGUUGUUCCUUGUCCCGACUUUACCCUUCACCUUUUGAACAUGCUGUUUGUAUGAAAGGGUUCGGUUAACAGUGAUUCCAAGGUAUACAGGGUUAUCGCAGUGUUUCAAUGAGACACCGUUCUAUUUCAGGGACAGCUGCCUCCCAGCAUUGUGGUUGUGGAGAUGGAACAAGCUAACCUGGGUCUUGACAGUGUGAGCCUUCAGAUGGUUGUUGUUGUAGUAGACUGCCAGGUUGCCUAGGGCUGAUGAAGGAGUGGCUUCUAUCUUGUCUAUGUGGGAACUCUGGGCUGCUAUGCCAAGGUCAUUAGCAGAUAAAGCUUCUUGUCCCUGGGUACACUGGCUUGGUCGUUGGUGUAGACAUUAAAGAGUACAGGAGCAAGAACCAGCCCUGAGGUAGACCAUUCCUUUGUCUCCUCCAUCUGCUGCGCUUCCCGUUGAGCUCAACAUAAAAGCGUCUAUUUUUCAGGAGCAUUUGGAUAAGCUUAGUCAGAUGGGAGUCCUUUGACAUGGUAUAGAGCUUGUCGAGACGUAUACAGUGAUUCACAGCAGUGUCGUAGGCAGCUGUCAGGUCGACGAACUGAUAGUGAAGACCCAUACACCCCAGAGCUCCAGAGCCUACUUCUUCGCUGGACCUAAGCUGUGGAAUAGCCUUCCACAAUCUAUAUAUCAGGAGCUCUGAAUCUUUGUCAACAUUCAUAUCAUCCCUCAAGCCUUUCCUGCUCCCAGCUACGACAUCAUUUUAAAGAAAUAAUUAUGACGACAAAGACGGAAAAUAAUCUCAAUUUCAAACACUGAGCAAGAACGUUGAAUUUGUGAGACAUUGUAGAGCAAACACAAUGAGCGCCCUCUAUAGGCGGACACCGGUGGACAUCAUCAUUAUUUAAAUGGCACAUGAUUUAUUUA